AUGCAACUCUUGAUUUUGGCGACAUUACUUGCGCUUUGCUCUGCUGAUUACUACGUCGAGAAUUUGAGUAACAACUAUAAAGGUGAAACCAUGAGCUUCAUUAAGUAUGAAUUUAAAUUCUGUUACCUUUUUACCACCAACAAAAAAACUUCUUAUAAGUAUGUCAAAGACGGUGACAAUGCCAAGUACUACACAUAUUCAGACUCCGAGUGUAAGCAAGAUGAAAAAUUGGAAAAAACAAUUGCAAUUGGAGGGAGUUCCUCUACUUCUUUCUUUGCUCCCUCUCAUUUGUUUUUCUUAAAUAGUAUUGAUGAUGCCGGUUGCCCAAAUGCUGACAGACUUUUUCGUACUUACUAUACCGAUAAAAUUGGCCAAACUUCAGGAAUUUUAAGUAAAGGAAAUUAUUGGAGGUAUGAAGUUAGAGAUAUUUCAAAUGAGGAUUGGGUUCACACUGUUUAUUGCCAAGAUGAGAAGUGCAACACCGUGAAUAGUGCAGACAAGACUUAUAAAUGUGACACUUGCUAUGGUGUUACUAACAUUUUGGUCCAAUGUGGUGCUUCUUCUCUUUACAUCAUUUCCUUCCUUCUUGCCUUCAUCUUCUUGCUCUAA